UAAAAUGCAUUUUUAAAGGGGCAUCAAAAGACAGACGCAGAGACCUUCCCGACUGAGUGCGCGAAAGGGAUAGUGUGAAAGAGCAACAAAAUAAAGAGUGACAAGGAGAGCAGCAGCAGCAGCAGAAGCAGCAACAGCAACAGACAAAAGAGUCGUGGAAGGCAAAGCCAUGGCUCGCCUGGUGACCCUCAGCCUGGCCCUGAGCCUCAUUCUCAGCCGGGCUCUUAGUAGCAGCACCUCCUCCUCAUCGUCACCCACAACGCUGGGUGUGUAUAUCGAACGGGCACCCGAGUCGGCGGUGGCACCCAAGGGCGAUGAGGUGGUGUUCGAGUGUGAGAUGAACCUGAAGCCGGAUCGCCUAGAGUGGCGCUUCCGGGAGAAUGGCUCCGUGGCGUACCGCUAUCUACGGCCCGGCGGCGGCUACAAUGUGACGAACAGCAACGAGGAGCGCACCUGGAAGCUGAGGAUCUACGUGAGUCCCCAGACGGUGGGCGACUACCAGUGUGUCGCCUGGUACGGCCCAGGGGCGCUGGCCUCCACGCCCGCUCGGCUCACCCUCGUCUCCAUAUCGAUCGACAAUCCCAAUGGCUACAGCCGCGCCCAUGCGGUACGCUGGAGCGUGGCGCCGCGCAACUGUGUUCUCAUUCGAUGCGGCACUGUUACCUCCAGUCCGCCGGCCAUCUGGAGCUUCUACCGGAACGGGCAGAAGCUGCCGCAGACGGAGAUGCUGAUUUCGGGCGCGGGCGGGGCCCUGGUCCUGAGCUCCGUGGGUGCCAAGGAUGCGGGCAACUACACGUGCGCGGCCACCAAUGCCAUCACGGGUGUGGAGGUGCGCCUGCCGCAGGUCAUUGAUCUUCGGGUGGACUACACAGACCGCACGCAGCCCUACUUCCUGCAGCAGCCGGCGAGCCAGUUACAGGCACGUCCCGGGGAGACCAUCGUCCUGGAGUGUCCCGGCGUGGGCUCUCCCCGGCCAGAGGCCGUCUGGAGCAGUCCCAAUCUGCCGAGCAUCAACCACAAUCGCAGUCGAGUGCUCGCCUACGGUCUGCAGAUCACCGACGUGCGGCCAGAGGAUCAGGGCUCCUAUGUGUGCCGCCUGGACAAUGGCAUAGCGCCCGUGCGCGUACACAUGAUCAAGCUGCAGGUGCUGGAGCGUCCCAGCAUACUGCGCGGCCCAGCGGCCACGCUUACCACCGAGGGCGAUUCCCUGACCCUCGAAUGCUCGGCCACGGGCAAUCCCCAGCCGGAGAUCUACUGGCUGCUCAACGGCGAGGAUGCGAGCAGCGACAACGAGACGCUGGCCGAGAACCGCAGCCUGCUCAUCCAUCACGUGCAGAAGCGGCAUGCCGGGGUGGUGCAGUGCUUUGCCCGGAAUACCCUGGGAGAGAUCAGCGAGGGGAAUAUGCUGCGUGUGACUCCGCUGCAGAUCAGUGGCGAGGACUACCAGACUCUGGGCAAUGUGCCGAUGCGUUCGUCGCACGAUUCUUCCAGUGGCGGAUCUUCAUCUGGUUCGGGCUCGGGCUCUGGCUCCUCAUCGUCCUCUGGUGGUGGAUCCCGCAACAAGGGCAAGCGAAAGUACAAUCGUUUGGACAUGGUGCCACCGUCACGACCCAACGUGACCCGUUUGGCCGACGAUGCCGUCAUGCUGCGCUGGAACGUGCCGCGCAACGACGGCCUCGCCAUCAACUUCUUCAAGGUGCAGUAUCGUAUGCUCGGCGACAGCUUCCGCAAGAUUCCACGCGAGAACUGGCAGACCACGAACGAGAACAUACCCUACGGCUACUGGAAGCCAAUGCGCGGACGCGACCGCCAUGACCGCGAACGAGAACGGGACCGGGACCAACAGCUGCAUGAAACAGCUGUCGGACCCAAGAACUUCACGUCGUCGGUGACGGGACUGCGACCGGAUCGGUAUUACCGCUUCCGCAUCGUGGCCGUAUACUCGAACAACGACAACAAGGAGGGCAACACCUCGCUCAAGUUCUUCCUGGAGCGAGGCGUGGCCAAAUCGAAUCUGCCGGUGCCCGAUCUGCGCGACGUGGAGCCCUACUCGGAGUCUGCCGUUUUGCUGCACUGGACCCUGCAGGCUGCAGCUGCCAGUGCCACUGCAACAGCCGCUGGCUCCGCAGCCGACGGCAGCAUCGAUGGCUACUAUGCCUACUACAGGCCCACUGACUCUGCGGGCGAGUACCUCAAGGCGACUGUAGAUGGCGGCCAUACGCGCCGUUUCAAGAUCGAUAUGCUCCGUCCGGGCACCGCCUACGAGUUCAAGCUGCAGACAUUCAAUGCCCAUGCGGCCUCGGAGUUCAGUGCCAUCCGUCAGGCGCGGACCAAGAAGCUAAAUGAGCCGACAGCCUCGCCCACAACGCCCCUGAUGGUGCCCGCUAACCAGGGCAAGCCGUCGCAGAGCUCCAUUUACCCGGUGAUUGCCGGUGCCGCCGGCGGGGGACUGCUACUGCUGAUUGCCACUGUUGUCGCCUGCCUGUGCCUGCGUCGUCGCAAGAGUUCCCAGCCAGAGGAUGAGAACAAGCCGCAAUUGGAUCAUAUACAAGCGGACUUUGUUACCUCCGCCGUGCUGGGGGUGGGCGGACACCACAAGAGUGGCGGGGAUGUGCGACGCCUCAAUGGCGUUAUUCCUCGCAUGAAUAUCACACCAAAUCCGCUGGCGCAGGACGCUGCCUCCGACAAGAACCGCAACGUCAUGGAGCUGCGCUUCAUGCCGCCUCUGGCCAAUGGCCAUGGCAAUGGCAAUGGGAUCCACUGCAACGGCCCUGAGGAGGUUGGCGAAGAAGAGGAUGCCCUCCAAGCAGUGGCCUCAUCCUCCUGCGAGACAUUGGAGGCUUGCGAUGGCAUCAGCCAGCAGCAACAACAGCAGCAGCAAGAACCAUCGAUGGACGCUCCCAGCAAGCCGCUGCCGCCGCUGCCCAAGAAAUCCACAGCCGUCGGCACUGCCACCACAGCCACUGCAAGUGCAGGUGCUGGUGCUGGUUCUGGUUCAAGCUCUGGCAAGCCAGUAAACGGCAACGCUGGCGUUGUGGCAGCCAUGCACCAGAGCGGGCUGCACCAUGCCCAGCCGUAUCAUCCGCCCGGCACGCCCACGAUGCUGCACAAACGCCUCGACUAUCACCAGCAGCAGCAGCAGCCGCCGCCAGUGCCACCACACGCUUCCUACUACCAACAGCAACAGCAGGCGCCCAUUCAUCAUCCUGGGGUCUGCGGUCCCUCGCCCAUGCUGGAGCGCAGUGUGCGUGGACUUCAGCAGCAGCAGCAGCAGCACCAACAGUCGUCGUAUGGAGGUGGAUUCCCAGAGGAUGGGACUCCCACACCCUCGCGUAUACCCUCGCUGCGGCGACAGAGACGCGCCUCGGGCAGCCAGCACAACAGCCACAGCAAUCUCAAUCUGAGCCACCAUCAGCAUCACAACAACAUCAACAUCAACAACAACAACAAUAACAACAACAACCUGCCGCCACACCACCAGCACCUGCACCAUCAUCAGGGGCACCAGGGUCUGGUCGGCAUACCGAUUGUGCCCGGCAGUCCGCGCGUCCAACGCUCGCCAAUGCCCAGCCGUGCGAUGAUCAAGCGAACGCGUCUCGGCAGCCACACGGACAACAUCUCGUCGGGCAGUCUCAACAGUAUUGAGGUGUAGGUGGAGGAGCACACAGUGGAAGAAGCACCAGCAGAAGCCUAAGGACACGAGACACUAGACACGAGUUUUAGCAUUAGCGACAUUUAUAUCAUAUUUAUAAUGUGUAUUAUUACGUUUACCAUUACGACCACUACGACCCAGGCCUGCAAAUUAUUCUAUAUAUUUUUUUUUUUGUUUCUUGUUAAUCUCCUUGGCCCCUGAUAGUCAGUAGAAAUAUUCUAUUUAGUUUGUAUUUUUUUUUGUUCGGUCAUUGAUGGAUGCUUCUACCCCAUGGGGGCUUUUAAUGCAUCUUCCUCUCGCGUAGGAUAGCGUAGGAUUAGUGUUAUUUAUUGAUUGACUCGAAUUAGUUCAUUAAGGCAAGCGACUAUCCUAGCGCUGACUCGCAGUAGUCGCACACACAGUAAAUUGUAACUAAUUUUAUCUACUGCACUAUCGUGCAUAAUCGUAUAAUCCAUUCACACACACACCACAUCCAUCCAUCCAUCCAUCCAGCACGCAUCCUAUUCUAGCUGUAAGAUCAUCCAUUGAAAGAUAGACAAACCACACAGACGGGUUUUUGUAAGAGAAAUAAACACAAGUAUCAAA